CUGACAACGAUUAUCCCACUGGCCACUGGCCCUCUCUUUUCGCUUACCAAUUCAUCCCCAGUCCCCACCCACAUUAUCACAAAACUCUGCAUCUUUCCCCACCCUAAAUCUCUGCAAAUCAAUCCAAAGAGUUUUUGAAUCUCAUCUCCAUCCAUCCAUGGCGAAACACAGCCGUUCACGCGGCGGCGGCAACCCAUUCGGCUGCUGCUGCGGCUGUCUCUUCAACUGCAUCUGCAGCUGCCUCUUCCAGAUCCUCUGUACCCUCCUCGUCCUCGCCGGCGUCGUCGCGCUCAUCCUCUGGCUCAUUUUCCGACCUAACGCCGUCAAAUUCUACGUCGACGACGCCGCCCUUUCCCAGUUCGAUUUCUCCGCCGCCAACAACACGCUCUUGUACAAUCUCGCCCUCAACAUGUCGAUUCGUAACCCUAACAAGCGGAUCGGGAUUUACUACGACGUAAUCGAGGCACGCGCGCUCUACGCCGGCCAGAGAUUCGCCGCCGUGAAUCUCGACCCGUUUUUUCAGCCCACUAAGAACACGUCUGAUCUACGCGCGGUGAUUAAGGGCCAGAACCUGGUCCCGCUCGGCGACGGGGAGAAAUCGGAUUACUCGGCGCAGAAGAACAAUGGGGCUUAUCGGAUUGAUUUGAAGCUUUUUCUGCAGAUUAGAUUGAAAUUUUGGCUUAUCAAAUCCAAGAAAAUUAAGCCUACCAUUGAUUGCGCUCUCGACAAUGUUCCCCUGCGCUCCAAUUCUGGUAAUUUUGAGAGAACAAAAUGUCAUCUUGAUUGGUAGUAGCUUAGAUUCUUCAUUCUUUAUCAUAUUCUUUAUGCUCUAGAUUAAACAAAACUUCUACUUCCCUGCUUUUAGAUUCCUUAGUAUGCAAUUUUUGCUUCUUGAGAAUUAAAAAAAAAAAAAAUUGUGUUUUUAUCCUUUCUUGAUUGAUUGCAAUUAUCUUUAGAGUAACAAGUGAAAUCGUAGUCACUAUCCGGUUCUAGCUGGCCUUAACUCAAGAAAGUUAAUAGUUUGGAUUUGUAAGCUUAUUAUUAUCAUGUAAAUAGCUUGGUUGGGUUUCUUAUUUGUUUGCAA